AAUAAAUAAAAAAUAUUUGAUAAAAUAAAGUUCAGCAAUAGUGUGCAAUUAAGGGCACUUAUUCAUUUUUUUCUGCUGUUAAGGUUCCUUACCAGCGUUCCUACGGUAAUUUUUUUCAAUUUCGAAUAAAAUAUGUACGACAACGUUAUCGACGGAACAGCUUUGAAUUCUAUGAUGCAACACUGGGUGGCGUAUAAAUUAGUGUCGAUUUUUGUUGUGGUUAUUGCCUUUAUGAAAACUUACUGUGCAGAAAAUAGUCUUUAGUGAGAUAUAUUAAAGAAGAAGACAAUAUUUAUGAGAGUGUGCAUUGUUUAAAUUUAUAUAUUUUUGCAAUGGGCUUUAUAUCAGAGCCAUUAUUAUUUGCUAUCGCAUUAAUCAAUACCGGAUCUGUGCUCUUUCUUUUAGUGUACUUUAUGAUCACAUUAUCAGAUCUUGAAUGUGAUUAUUUAAAUGCUCAACAAUGUUGUUCAAAAUUGAAUGCGUGGGUUACUCCAAAGUUAGUGACGCAUACAUUUUUGGUAUUUUUGUUAUUAAUACAUGGCCAAUUAAUAUUAACUUUGGUUAAUUUACCUAUGACUUUAUGGUUGUUCUAUGAGUAUUUCAGUGUUCCUAGUGGAAAUAUGGGUGUAUAUGAUCCUACAGAGAUCCAUAAUCGUGGAGAAUUAAAAAGACAUACUAGGAAUUGUUUAAUUUAUAUUGGAUAUUAUUUAAUAUUCUUUUUCCUUUAUCUUUACUGUAUGAUCAUUGCAUUGUUGAAGGGAGAUCCGGUAAAUAGAAAUGCGGAUGAUCUUGUAGACUUCUAACCAAAUAAAUAAUUCUUAUAUAUGUUUUAUACUUGCGCGAUAAUAUUGUGUGUAUAGCAAUUAUUUUUUUGCGAUACAUUAAUCUCAUAUAUGUUGUUUAGAAUGUAUCAUUGAAAUUAGUUCACAUUCAGACGUCUGUAUUCAAGCAAAUUUCUGGAUUAAUGAAGUAAUAUUUGGUUUAUAUCAAAAAUAUUGUUAAGGUACUAUUUUAUUGUUACAUCAAUUUAUAUAAAUAAUUUUUAUAUAAGAACAAAUUACAAAAUUAUUUAAAAUAAAAAAAAACUCAUAUAUAUGUAUAUAUAUAUGGGAGAGAGAGAAAGAGAUUAUGAGAUAUAUACCGGGUAUCCUGUAACUAGUGGUACAAGUGAACUGAGGAUGAUUCUACAUAAAAAACUAAGUCGAAAAUGUAGAAUAUAUUCCCUGAAUUAAAUACACACAUACUUGACAAAUUUCCAAACUUAUUUUUCUUAAAAACAAAGUCUUAUAUGAACAAAUUGUUUUCAACAUUUUCGACUUAGUUUUUCAUGAGAAAUCACUCCCUGCUGUCUUAUACAAUCACUUACAAGACACUUUUUAUAUGAGAAAAUAAUUAGAAAGUAUUUAUGAAUCAUAGAAAUAUAAAAAAUUCGAAUGGUAAA